AAGCAGCUGCUUACCAGAUUGUGGCCACCAGCCAGUGACAAAAAUGCUGAGCUUCUUCCGCAGAACACUCGGGCGUCGCUCUCUGCGUAAACAUGCUGAGAAGGAACGACUCCGAGAGGCACAACGAGCUGCCACACAUAUUCCUGCAGCUGGAGAUGCCAAGUCCGUCAUCACGUGUCGGGUGUCCCUUCUGGAUGGUACUGAUGUUAGUGUGGACUUGCCGAAAAAAGCCAAAGGACAAGAGUUGUUCGAUCAGAUUAUGUACCACCUGGACCUUAUUGAAAGUGACUAUUUUGGUCUGAGAUUUAUGGAUUCAGCACAAGUAGCACACUGGUUGGAUGGUACAAAAAGCAUCAAAAAGCAAGUAAAAAUUGGUUCACCCUAUUGUCUGCACCUUCGAGUUAAGUUUUAUUCCUCAGAACCAAAUAAUCUUCGCGAAGAACUAACCCGGUAUUUAUUUGUUCUUCAGUUAAAACAAGAUAUUCUCAGUGGAAAAUUAGAAUGUCCCUUUGAUACAGCAGUGCAGUUGGCAGCUUAUAAUCUGCAAGCUGAACUUGGUGAUUAUGAUCUUGCUGAGCAUAGUCCUGAACUUGUCUCUGAGUUCAGGUUCGUGCCCAUUCAGACUGAAGAAAUGGAGCUGGCUAUUUUUGAGAAAUGGAAAGAAUACAGAGGUCAGACACCAGCACAAGCUGAAACCAAUUAUCUGAAUAAAGCCAAGUGGCUAGAAAUGUAUGGGGUUGAUAUGCAUGUAGUUAAGGCUAGAGAUGGGAAUGACUAUAGUUUGGGACUAACCCCAACAGGAGUCCUUGUUUUUGAAGGGGAGACCAAAAUUGGCUUAUUUUUUUGGCCCAAGAUAACCAGAUUGGAUUUUAAAAAGAAUAAGUUAACCUUGGUGGUUGUAGAAGAUGAUGAUCAGGGCAAAGAACAGGAGCAUACAUUUGUUUUUAGACUAGAUCAUCCAAAAGCCUGCAAACAUUUAUGGAAGUGUGCUGUGGAGCAUCAUGCCUUCUUCCGCCUUCGAGGCCCUGUCCAAAAGAGUUCUCAUCGAUCGGGAUUUAUUCGACUAGGAUCACGAUUUAGAUAUAGUGGGAAAACUGAGUAUCAGACCACAAAAACCAAUAAAGCAAGAAGGUCAACAUCCUUUGAAAGAAGGCCCAGCAAACGAUAUUCUCGUCGAACUCUACAAAUGAAAGCAAGUACAACAAAACCUGAAGAACUCAGUGUUCACAAUAGUGUUUCAACCCAGAGUAAUGGCUCCCAACAGACUCGGGGCUUGAGAUCUACUCCACCUAUGAUUCCUUCCACAUCUUCUGGUUCUGUGCUGGUGGAGAUAGAGAAUCUUCCAUGGAGUCCUGAAACGGAGCAGCAUGACAGGAAAUGUUUGCCUCUGAAUAUUGAUUUGCUGGCUAGCCCAGACUUAUUGGAAACAACAAUUGGUGAUGUAAUUGGGGCAUCAGACACUAUGGAAACAUCCCAAGCACUGGAUGAAAUUAACAUAACCACCAGGCAGACUGGUUUAGAGGAAUCUGAAAUUGAAUGUGGGACAUUUAAAGAUGCCUCAGAAAAGCUCAAACAGCUGGAGAUGGAGAACAGUCCUUUGCCGUCCCCUCGAUCCAACAUCGAUGUUAAUGUCAACAGUCAGGAGGAAGUGGUGAAGUUGACUGAAAAGUGUCUUAAUAAUGCCAUUGAGAGCCCAGGACUGAGUGCCACGAGAGUUCCUCCUGACUUCAAGAGUAACAUUUUGAAGGCUCAAGUAGAAGCAGUGAAUAAGAUUACAAGAGAAGAUACCUUAUUAAGUCAUAAAAAUGCCAGUGUUCAGGAUACUGCCACAAACAGCAGUGCUGUGUCGAACGAGAGUCGUGUGCCCCUCUCCAGAGAGCCUCUCGCUCCAGCCCACACCACACCUGCAGACAGUGGUUCUUCUGUUCUAAAGGAAGCUACAGAUGAGUUGGAUGCCUUGCUUGCAUCUCUAACUGAGAAUCUGAUGGACCCCACAGCCACACAUCAGAUGUCUUCAGCAUCCAUGAUCACACCCCGGUGGAUUGUCCCACAGAAUGGUGCCAUAUCUAAUGGACUUGCAGGAUAUGAAACGCUUUUGGCAGGGAAGGAGGGGCACGGGAAUCAAGACGGAAUCUCACUGAUCUCUCCCCCAGCACCAUUCUUGGUAGAUGCUGUGACCAGCUCUGCUCCCACUUUGGUGGAAGAAGCCGUCUUGAAGCAGAAGUGUUUACUGACAACUGAGCUCUAAGGGCCUGUAACUGGAAUGCCCAGCACUCUUCAGCAGUCCGUCCUGGUAUCCAUGUCAGCUGGAAUAUGUUGGAUUCAGUGUGUUCUUUACUUGUGGGCAAAAAAAAAAAAGCUGUACCUAGAUUUGACUUCAACUCUGUGAAAAAAAUAACUGUAUUUUCCGUCCAACUGGAAGAGCUUACUC